AUGUACGUCGACGUGGAGGUAAACGGUAAAGAAAAGAAAACUGCGGGUACGAUUCAUAUUUUCUUCAACGCAUCACUGUGUAGCUCUGGGAUCAAUGAGCACGCAUUCCUCAUACUUCUGCCUUUGGGCAUCAAUGCUCAAGACCAAGACACCAACGUUGAGAUAUAUUGGUUCGUUUUGUCUUCAUUUUCCGUUUCUGAUUUCCUUUCUUUGAGUUUCAUCAUCAAUCCCCUCCCUACCCCAUCCGACGCGAAGACCAACGCCAAUGGCGGACGACAUCACCUCGGAGCACGCUGGGAAUCGAGAAACGACGGCAUGGGCCACCGUUCGUAUGCUGAGCAGGGCAGCACCUCUUCCUAUGCCGUAGUUGCGCGUAUCCCGGGUGGUUUAGUCUUGCUUGCGGUCGAGGUAACUGAGCUAGAAUAUAUCUACAUACACGAAUCUAUCAAUUACGGGCUCUGGCGACGCAAGAGAACGUGUGCGGCUACCCCCUCUUCCACAUUUGUAUCCGAUUGA